AUGGUAGUACACCGUCCUGUAUUGAAACAGAAACAUAAACCAUUUAAAAGUGGAAAGGGAAAGGGUGUAAAACCGAAGGGUGUCACUGCGCAGUCCGGCAAGGAUACACCGCUUCAUCGUAGAGAUAAGAAAAGCCGUAUAGUCGCGAAAACGAAGUCUCUCCGCUCGAGCAUUCAGGAAGAAGCGCCUAGACUGAUCUUUGUAUUGCCUUUCCACGAAAAUGCCAAUGCUCAUCAUUUUAUAGAAGCCGCCACCAAACACCUAGGUGGUCACACUGGAGUUCAAAUAUCCCAAUCCAAGGAUGGAUGGGUGACAUCGGGGCCUCUGCUUAUUCCCGCCACAAUCCUCCGUGAUGGAUUAUCACGGCGAAUGAUACUCUUCGCAUGUCCGCGUUCACUCUCAGAGAUCUUAUACGCAGCAUCAGUCGCCGAUGUGUUAGUAUGUCUCUACAGGGGAAGUUCUCAGGAUGAACCAGCGUUUGAUGAUUUCGGAUACAAAGCUUUGAGCGUUAUUCGACAGCAGGGUGUACCAACUCCCGUUGGAAUUGACUUAGAAGUUGGAUUGCCAGGUGACCGCACUAGUAGCUGCAAUCUUGUGAGACGUUAUUUCCACGAUGAGCUUGGCGGCGAUAAGAAGUUCGUACCCAUAGUGUCACCUGAUAAUCUGGAGGCUGCUUUAAGUGCUAUUGGUGGUGUAUCACUUAGUCCUCUUACCUGGCGUUCAGGGAGGGGUUACCUCAUGUCCCUAGGCUGCACCUAUGACGCCAACGCGCAACAACUGUCGGUUGUUGGCUACGCUCGAGGUGUAGGUUUCAGCGUACGACACCCUGUGCAUGUCACCGGGCUGGGUGAUUUUUUGUUACAUCGCAUAGAACUUCUAUCGGACGUAUGCCCCGUGAAGGGUUCUAGGGGCAUGCAAACAGAUAGCGUCGUUGAGGAAAUGACCGAAGAUAUCGCAAAAGACCUGGCACAGGAAGUGGAUUGCUUAGCCAGUGUAACGUCAACCAGUCAAAACGAUGAAGAUGCUGACACACUGCUUGAAGAGUUUGACAAGUGUGUACGAGUAGGUGGUGUCGAGGAAGGCGACGUUGAGAUGGCAAGCACUCUUGACGAAGGAGAUGUUGCCGACGAUGGAGGACUGGGGGAUGUGGAUACAUACUUUUCAAGCUUAGAGGAUACCAAUCCAAAUAAAAAACGGAUUGAAUUCGAACAGAGAGCGUCGGAAGACCUCAGUUUCCCAGACGAGGUAGACACACCUAUAGAUAUUCCAGCACGGGAACGUUUCCGUAAAUAUCGUGCAUUACGUUGUAUCAAAGAAGGCGCAUGGGAUCCUUACGAGUCUCUACCACCGGAAUAUAUGCAAAUAUGUGAAUUUGAAAAUUUCCGGGUAAGUGGUUAUGCAUACAUGAGCCAUGGAACGCAGACUACCAUGUCACAAUCACGCCGAACAGUGGAACGUAACUGCAGCGAAACUCAUACAACAGGAAAAUAUAUACAGCUUAUACUUUCAAAUGUAUCUCCUGAAUGCUACGCACAGCUUUGCAGUAGGCUGGGGAGGCCGAUAAUAGUUUCAGUAGUCUUUCCAUUUGAACGUAAGGUGUCCGUUCUGAGCAUGAAUGUGCUUCGAAGUUUUGAGGGCCCUGACAUAAUCGCAUCCAAAGGGGACGUUCUACUAUAUUGUGGUUUCCGUAGAUUCCCAGCAAAACCAUCCUACAGUCAAGACAUCGCUGCUGAGCGUGGACGUUUCGGGAUGUUCUGCCGCACUCUGAAGAAAGGUCACACCGCUACGGCAUCCAUUUAUGGAAUGGCUCUGCCACCUAACACCCCUGUCGUGGCUCUUGAUGCGGCAGAUCCCUGCGUAAUGCUUUACGGUGGCCUUGUGAAUGCCGCAGACCCGAGCCGCAUAAUUCUUAAACGAAUAGUGCUCACCGGGUACCCAUUCAGAGUGCACAAACGGCUCGCCGUGGUGAGGUACAUGUUUUUUCAGCCGCGAGACAUAAAAUAUUUUAAACCAGCGCAGCUUCACACCGGUCGAGGCUUACACGGUGUGAUAAAGGAACCGUUGGGGACGCAUGGAUACAUGAAGUGCAUGUUCAAUGACACCAUUCGGCAAGACGACAUCGUUUGCCUGGCACUAUAUAAACGUGUGUACCCCAAGUGGUUUACGAACUCGUGGACCACCUGGCUCUGCUAA